UCCAAGCAAAAAUGCCGUGUCUUCUCUUUCUUGUGUUGGACCACUCAAGCAGAGUAGAGAGGUAGAGAGAGGCGUAGAGCGUAGCGGCGGCAGAGGCAGGACCAGGAGGAGGAAGAAGAUGCCUUGCCUCAACGUGUCCACGAACGUGAACCUGGAUGGGGUCGACACCUCCGCCGUCCUCGCCGACGCCUCCAAGACCGUCGCCACCAUCAUCGGCAAGCCUGAGGCUUAUGUGAUGGUUAUUCUUAAGGGUUCAGUGCCUAUGGCAUUUGGAGGUACACAGGAGCCUGCAGCUUAUGGUGAGCUGGUUUCCAUUGGAGGGCUGAACCCUGAUGUCAACAAGAAGCUGAGUGCUGGCAUUGCCUCUAUCCUGGAGUCAAAGCUGUCCAUUCCCAUGUCCCGUUUCUACCUCAAGUUCUACGAUUCCAAGGCCCAUCCCGCACAAGAACAUGCUCAAUGUUUGCAUGCUUUGCAUCAAGAAUAGAUAAGUUGCUCGGACUUCGGAUGGAAGGGCACCACCUUUUAGGUAGGUCGUAUGCGUUGAAGAUGCAUGAAGCCUAAAAAUUGGUAAUAUUUUGUUCAUUGCCUAUCCGAGGACAAUGUUGUCACAUGUAUCAGUCUAAUGCCUGCAAGUCUGAUGUGAACCUGGAGAUAUGCUUGUGAAUGCAAUUUGGCAUGCUUUAGAGCAA